AUGAACCUCCCCACGAUACCGCGAUUGUUCAUCGUCGCGUUGAUAUGCUUCACGACACAGGUUGCUGCUGAUGUAGCACAGCCAGCGGGACUAUUAGAGGAUUCUGCGCAAUGUGCAAUUAGUUGCCUGACUAAACUGCUUGGAUCGCCAGUCUUUUCCCCCGCGAAUAAAGAAUUGCUAUGCAGCGAUAAAGACUUGAGUGAUUCGGUCACAGACUGCGUGCGGAAGGCCUGUACGGUGAGAGAGCUGCUGGACUUUCUCAAUUCUGAACAACGAAUGUGCGGGAGACCAGAUCUUGACAAUGACCACAACAUCAGAGCUAUCAACUUUUUAAUCCUCGGGAUCGCUGUCGCGGCGGUGACACUACGCAUAGUGUCCAAAGCCUAUCGGUUUACGAGAUGGGGUGCCGACGACUAUCUGAUUAUUGCGGCAGCAGUUUUCACGGCCAUACAAUGCAGUAUCAUGAUCGCAAUGACCUACGAAGGUUUGGGUCAUAAUAUUUGGACUCUUGAUGACAGUUCAAUCACAAAGUUCUUGACGUAUCUGAUCGUUGUCGAAAUCGCCUAUGUCCUUAGCCUAUACCUCCUCAAAGUCUCUAUCCUGUGGUUCUUUUACCGAACGUUCCCCAGUGUAGGGUUCCAAAGGAUUGUCAUAUGGACGAUAGUCUUCAAUACUCUGUCGGCAGUAUGCAUUUGUGUAUCUGCAGGAUUCCAAAGUUUUCCAAAAGAUCCAACACAGGAGCGUUGGAAAGACGAAUCCUCGCGGCGUAAGGUAGACGUCCAGGCUUUGGCGUUCGCCCACGCCGGGAUCAAUGUCGGCCUUGAUAUCUGGAUGUUCGUUCUUCCCCUAACCCAGCUUUACCACAUCGGCCUCAAGACAAGGAAGAAAAUUGGUGUUAUCUUAAUCUUCGGCGUUGGAAUAUUCCUUAUUGUUGUCAGCUGUCUACGUAUUCCAUUCAUGAUAGAUUUCAACGGGAGUCUGAACGCGACAGCCGACUCUCAAGGAAUCGUUAUCUGGUCAAAUUUGGAGAGUGGCGUGGGCAUCCUCGUGGCCUGUCUACCUCAUACUCAACCACUCUUACGAGCUACCAUGAUGCGCGUGAGGUCCAUGGAGCUAUUCUCAAGGUACUCUGGCGAUAGUCAAGGGAUAUUCAUCAGUCGACCCCUUGCCACUAUCGACGUUACGCGACUCGAUGGAACUACAGUCAUAAAUUCGGAUGACAUCAUUUUAAAUGAUACGGGAGGUCUGCUCACUGUAGAUAAGAACACUUCGCUAGAAGAGGGUGAUCAAAAGCCUGACAGUAUGAGCGUUUCAAGCAUCACGGGUAGAGAUGCGAGGCCAAUCACAUAA